AUGGAUUCAACAACUCUAGCGAUUAUCGCACUUCAGUUUUUAAAAAAGAAAAAAGAAAAGAGGAAAAUUCAAAAUCGACGUUGGUGUGUUCAUCCUGUAUUAGCUAGGAGAAUGGAUCAAGGGCAAUUUAUAGUAACUUAUAAUGAACUAAGAACAAAUGAAGAUAAAUUUUUUAGUUACACUCCAAUGUCAAUGUCAACAUUUGAUAAGCUUUACAGUUUGUUGGAAAUUAAUUUUACCAAACAAACGACUGAUAUGCGAGUUCCUAUUGGUCCAAAAGAACGUCUAUGUAUAGCAUUAAAGUGUACCUAG